AUGGCUGCCAGCUCUCAAUCACUGGCCUCGCCAGCAAUCCGUCUUCAGAUAGCCCUACAUGCUCUCAUGUUCCUCGACGAAAACCCUGAGUUCAGCACAGCCGAGAUGCUGUUAUCUGCCCACUCUCGUGUCCUCGAUGUUCUCUCCGAGCUCAGUGUCUGGCUUGGACAUGACAUGAAACGUCGUCUAGAAGAGUCUCAGAAGCUUGGUCAGCUCGUCAACUCUGCUGUGAGCACUGCCAUUGGUGUCAAUGCUCUGCAACGAGCCGUGGAAUGGCUGGAUGCGGGAAGAGGCCUCAUAUGGACGCAGGCGAUGUCAUUGCGCAACCCUCUGCACGAACUCGAGCAAAUCCGUCCAGAUCUCGCGCGUGCUCUCGAGGACGUGCGAGUCCAACUGCGGAAUUCCAUCAAUGCGUCGGUUGGAAGUGAUGCUACUGGAUUGAUGUUGAAUGUAGUUCCUGUCACAGGGCAGGGCAAUUAG